UUCACUAGUUUUAGUUUUUGAAACAAUGCGAAGGUUGCAAGUAGUGUUCUGUUGCACUUUUUAUUAAUAGUCAAUUAAAAGUUCUUUGCAUUCAAGGUUCGAAAAGUAAAAGUGAACUAAAAUGUAGUAUUUUCGCGGGAUUUGUUUACAAUAACGGGUAGCAAAUAAAAGUAUAUUCUUAAAUAAGAAUUUCUUAUUGCCUGAUUUCGUAUUUCUUGGUGACGUUAAAACAUGCAACUCUCGUAAAAGUAAAAGUCAUCGUAAUAUAGAGAAAGCACUCAAGCUGGCUUAAUUGUCAUUUUAUCAACACAAAUUCUAUUUACAAGAGUGGGUCACCGCACUCAAGGUUGUAUAUUUUCUUACGGCAAGUAAAUUAAAGUAUCCAAAUGGCUUCUAUACUGGACCUACCGGACGACUGCUUGAUAAUGAUUUGCAAAAAGUUGGAACGCGAUGUUCAACAAUACUGCUGGGGCAAUGUGUGUAAACGAUUUGAACAUAUCUAUUUCCGAUAUUUUCACAAUUGGAUGGAAGUAAAUGACAAUUUAGCGAAAAAUUAUGGUCAUCUCAUUGGGACCGGCGACUUUCCGCUGCGAACUAUAAAGAAACUUAAUUUGUCGAAGUCAAAAUGUACGAAAUACUUUCUGAAUAAAUUACGCGAUUGCCAUAAGGAGAUUGAAGAGGCGAAACUCUUUUCCUUCACCGAUGAGUAUUUGGCGGAAUUGUUGCCAUUACCAAAUCUGAAGAAACUGAUCUGCAUCGGCACUUAUAAUUUGAGAGGUAGCAGCUUAAUGGAACUCAACAGUCUCACGGAGCUGCACAUACACACUAAUAAAUUGUUUCAGCCGGAAAGCUUGCUGCAAAUAACAUAUUACAAUCCAUUGAGGACGCUUGUAAUGCCCAACGACCCACACAUGUUUUCGAAUAGAUACGCCUUUGAAAUGUUCGAAAACCUUAAAAACGUCGAACAGCUCGUGAUAGAAUUUAACCCUUGUAAAUCGUGGCAACUGGUCGGCACUUUACCGAAAUUGAAAAGGCUCGAGAUUUGGGAUUUCGUCAGUCAUGAGUGUGAGACCUGUUUGGAGGACCACAAUUUGUACGAGACAUGCGCAGGGCAACAUGCCACUAUCUUUUUUGAUGAAUUACGUCGGAGGAAUCAGUUGGAAGAAUUGGUACUUUCUGACGGUUACGUGUCUGAGCAACAUCUCUUGAAAAUUUCGGAGCUGACAAACUUGAAGCGUUUAAUAUUUUGUCGGGCUGCUUUAACGCAUUCCCUAUCACUGGGUGUCUUUAAAGAUUUGGUGAAUUUGGAAGAGCUACACCUUGACGGCUGCAGACUAAUAAAUGAGGAGGCUUCACUAGAGCUAAUAAGAUGUUGUAAGAAGCUCAAAGUUCUGCUUCUUUGGUUUGUUGGUGGCGUAACUUCGUACUUUCUUACGGAGGCAAAUGAUAUCUUAAGUCGCAGGCAACCGGCACCACUUGAGCCUUUGACAAUGGGUUUCUCUAAGUUUGUUGAAGUUACAAAGCUAAUCAAGUUUGAAAAGCCGCUUCCAUUUCUACGAUUUGUAAGACUUACGAGGAGGUUUGUUGGCGCAGAAGAAGACUAUUUGAAAAGAGAGGAGGACUAUGUGAGUCAAACGAAUGUGCAGGGUGAUUCGCUGAAAAGAAAAUUUUCCAUCAUGAAUAUGGAAGCCGGUCAAGAGGAGUUUCAAAUUAUGGUUAAAAGUGCUAAGACUGCACACGGCAAUGAGCGGAGAUAAAAUUUUAUGCACAAAGUUAAAAUAAAUGUGAUUAGAUUAAACUAUUCGAAAUCAAUUCUCUCUUUGUUUCUGGAAAUAGGAAAAAGCCACACGGAGCUAGGUCUGGCAAAUGUAUAGGCUGGGAGUACGGUUUUUGCCAAGAAUUUAAAUGUGAGCUUUCAUCGAAUGAAAAUCGCUAAGCUUAUAAAAACACGUCUAACCUCUGCGGCUUCUACAGACAAAGUAAGCAAUGAAUACAGAUGAACAUUUUAUCGUAUUUCAAGAGGAACGUACAUAUGUAUGUAUAUCAACAUAAUUAAAAGUAAAACAC